AUGGAGCUGGACCCACAUCUUGUGUUUCAUUCUCCCCUGCAGUGGCCACAUCCAGGCCCAAGAAACUCAGCAAGUGUCCUUAAUAUUGAUUGCUGCUUAUAUUUCUUAAAGAAUUGCACAGUGAAUCCAAAAGAAACUAUCUUGAAAAGAGUGAAGGAUAUUGGGCACAUCUUCAAAGAGAAGUUUGCUAAAGCUGUGGGACAGGGAUGUAUUGAAAUUGGAUCACAGCGAUACAAACUUGGAGUCCGAUUGUAUUACCGAGUGAUGGAAUCCAUGCUUAAAUCUGAAGAAGAACGAUUAUCCAUUCAAAAUUUUAGCAAACUCCUGAAUGACAACGUGUUUCAUAUGUCUUUAUUGGCCUGUGCUCUUGAAGUUGUAAUGGCUACAUAUAGCAGUAAGUUAAAUUUUAAACCCUCCUGGGGCCACGCCUUCAGCCACGCAGUGUCAAAACCAUCUUGUCAAGUGAAGGCUGUAAUUGCCCCAGGUUCCCCGGAAAAGAGGGCAGAGGAAGAACUGAAGAAUUUCCAUCACUGUGAUAGGCUCCAGCUGAGCACCGAGGGGAGGCGGACCACACCUUCCAGGCAGACAGUUGCUCUCGGUGAGCCAGAUAUAGUGGCCCUGCAGAGGUCUCAUGAGGCCAGAAGAGGUUACUGCGCGGCUCCUCGAGAUGCACAGUGUUUUCACCAAGAAGAAUUGCUCAGUAUGGAGGGCUUUUGA